GCAGUCAGAAAACAGACCCAGCGGUUGGAUCGAAUGUCAGCUGGCCAGCAGUCCGACCUGAUGGGCACCAAAACACUGUAACGGCCCCUGCGCAGUCCGGGGACCCUCUUGGUUAGUGGAAGUGAGAAAAAUUAAGCUCAGCGUCAGAGCUGGGAUUACAGAAAGCUCUGGAUUGAAGACGUGAGGAAGGUGUUAGAUUUAUCCUGAAAGAGACGGAGAGACGCAGCGCGUCAGCAGCGGUACACACCAUGAGCGUCCCGCUUUACGCACCGACCCCCAUCCAGCCGGCUCACCCGACCCCCUUCUACAUCGAGGACAUCCUAGGAAGGACUGGUUCGGCUGCCAUCUCUUCAUCUUCAUCUUCCUCCUCCUCCUGCUCCACUCCGGUGAUCCCCACACCGACACUCCCGUCAGCGAACUCUUCCUUCACCAAUCUGAUUUCUCCCUACCGGACACCGAUUUACGAGCCCACGCCGAUCCACCCGGUGCUGUCCCACGCCGCGCUGACAGCGACGUACGGCCCCGUCGGAGCCUUCAACGGCUCCAUCUACCCGUUCCACCAGCAGCAGCACCGCUCCAUGGGGGAAUACGCACAGGCGCUGCUCCGACAGGACCCCCUCGGGAAGCCCCUGCUGUGGAGCCCAUUUAUCCAGCGGCCCCUACACAAGAGAAAGGGAGGCCAGGUCCGGUUCUCCAACGACCAGACCGUCGAACUGGAGAAGAAGUUUGAGACGCAGAAAUACCUGUCCCCUCCGGAGAGGAAGCGUCUGGCCAAGAUGCUGCAGCUCAGCGAGAGACAGGUGAAGACGUGGUUUCAAAACCGACGAGCCAAGUGGAGAAGAUUAAAACAGGAAAAUCCCCAGGGCGGUAAGCGGGAGGUGGAGGACGACAGCGCGCUCGGGAGGAACUGUAAGUCGGAUAAAAUGACGGAGCAGGUUUCGAUCCAGAGCAUGGAGCACCGGCAGACAGGCCCAACCCCCCUGCUGACCCCGGGGUGUAACCGUUUGCACUCUGGGUCUGUGCAGUCCCCCACGGAGCUGGACUCUGACGUGUCCGAUGAUUCAGACCAGGAACUGGAUAUAGAAAACAACAGUGAGUUAACACUAAACCCAUAAUUGUGCAGCGUAGGUCAGACGGCCUCUCAGUGUUCCGGCUGGACGAUGAACUCUGUUUCUAAAACUAGCUUUAUGUGCCUUCCUUGGAAUGCAGAAAUAAGUUCAAAUAAAAGACUCUUGGAAAUGUCUUCAGUUUUGGGACUGGAACCUUGUAUUGCUUUAUCUCCAGCCAUAAUGCUGCUUUCUGCAGCUCUGAUUCACAGAUCUGUUUAACAUUCAGUCCUCGGCUCCGUGUUUACCUCUUGUAUAUGAUGUAUAAUAGUUUUUGGAUUGCAUUAUAGUGACUACUAACGAUUACUGUAAAUAUAUGGUAUUUCCCUCUAUCGUUUUUUAAUGUAUUUUCAGAUUGUGGUAUACAAAUUAAUAAUCAGUGAAGCUUACAAUGUACUUUUGGAGUCAUGUUUAAAAGACGUUUUCUGACCUGAAUAAAGACAUGUUAAAUUACA